ACUUAAGCGUGUGUUGAAGCAUAUCGCUGAUGUCAAUAAAUGAAAUAUUUUGAAAUCAUGCGUAUAAAACUGGUUGUUUGUAUAAUAUGUGUUACUACAAUAACACAAUUAGUACAAUGAUUAUUGUGACGAAUAACGUGCUUACUUGAUAUAUUUCGAAAAAGGAUUAAUUUAAGGUACGUUUUGCUUAAUGUAUAAUAAAGUUGUUUUAAAAUUUAUGUUUAAUGGAAAAAAAACUACCUGCAUUAAUUGAAAUAUUGUUUAUUUCAUUGGGUUUGUAUUAAACGCGGUAACACGAGCUGAUUAACUAUUGGAUUUCGCAAUACCCAUAUGUUUAUUCAAAGACCUAUAGAUUACAAUCUAUAGGUCUUUGGUUUAUUGGUAGCCAUGCUAUAUGUUUGUGUAACUUUUCAUUGCACGCAUAGACUAUCCGAACACGUGCCAUUACUGUUUAUAUUUGAUAAUAGCUUACAACAGAUAUAUCCCGGAAAAGCACGAGUUUAGAAAAACCCACUAAUCACCCCAGUACAAACAACACUGGUCCAUUAAAUCAACCAAUGAUAGCUUACUUUAAAUUAUAACGGUUGAUACGGUGUGUGAUUUUGAAAAGAUUAUAAAUGGGCCAUGUUUAUUUGUACCAGCAGAUUAGUGGGUUUUUCCAAAAAGUUGCUUUUUCCGGGAUACGUAUAUUCAAUCCUUAUUUUAUAAAAUAAGAUCUUUUAAAACACGGCCACAUGACUUUUAUAAUGUAUAUACAUGCAGUCAUGCAGGUAUAUACAUAAGAUUAAUACACAUACCUGAUGCAGUAUACACUCAGGUACAAUACAGUCGAAAUCACCGCAGCAAAUCAAGAAAAAUGAGUGCUGUGCAUCCGCUAGAAAAUCAUGUCUCACUUUCGCAACUCGACAAUGGGGCGGCUAAAGCGAGCGCGGACGCAGUGGCACCUCUUGAGGACGUUACGUACAUCCCGAAGACGGACAUCACGAGGCUCGAGGAGUUCAACCUCUUCCAGUGCGCGAGAAAUGGCGAUUUCGAGGGAGCCAAGAAUCUGCUCGGUAAUCCAAAGGUGAAAGCGUCCAUUAACAACAAUGACGCAGAUGGACUUACGCCGCUCCACCUGGCGGCCAGGUACAACUACUUCGAACUGGUCAAGCUGCUAGUGGAGAACGGUGCCGAAGUCGACACCGAGGACAAUGAGCGCAUGACGCCCCUCAUGUACGCGUGUCGCCUGAAGCGGAAGCGGACGAAAUCCCGGGAGAGCAUGGCUAAGUUGUCAUUAUUGGACUCACCGAAGUUUUCAACAAGCAUGACGUUGAUGGACAUUCUCGGCGGCAAGAAGAUUGACACGGAUGCUCAGGCGAUCCACUUCCUGAUAUCUCAUGGCGCAAACGUGGCGCACAAGGACGCCUACCAUAUGACGCCGUUGCACCACGCGGCGCUGCGAGGCGACGAGGUCGCGUGCGAACAACUCCUAAUAUACGCCAAGCAAGGAGCGCUUAACGUUAACGCCCAGGAUGUGCAACGCAUGUCUCCACUCCACACCGCCGUGUGCCAGUCGCAUUCCGACAUAGUCCGGCAGCUCCUGAAGGCCGGUGCCGACGCGAGGAGCAGAGACGAGGACCUCUCCACGCCCUUGCAUGAGGCCGCUACCAUAGGCAACACUAUAAUUGGCAGCCUCAUCUUUGACAAUUGCGUUUUAGCAGACGGAACACCUGACGUCGACAAAGAGAAUCUCCUGCUUCUUGACAAGGACGAAGACGGAAAUACGCCAUUUGUGUUGGCGGUUGGUGCGGGGAAAACGAAAUUUAUACAGUUCCUUAUCAAAAAAGGCGCCGACAUCAACGUUUCCAACAAUAUGCGUAUGACGCCACUCCACCUUGCGGCAAUUGACGGCGACGUGCAAAUCAUGGAGAUUCUCGUGGAAAAGGGCGCGAAAAUUGACGUCAUGAACCAGGAGCAACAGACGCCGCUGCACAAGGCCUGUACCCAUAACAGCGUCGCCUGCAUCGAGUACCUGCUCAAGAAAGGUGCAAACAAAGAGGCCAAGGACUUUGAAAACUUCACCCCCCUGGCCCUGGCGGUAGUGCACGGACAUGUGCGCGUCGUGCAGAUGCUGCUGGCAGCCGGAUCUGACGUCACAGUGGAGGACAAGAACGACAGCACGCUAGUGUUCCUGGCCGCCGAGGAGAAUAAGCUCGACGUGUUAAAGGUUCUAAUGACAACCCCGAAGAUAAAGGAGCUGAUAAACCAUCGAGACGAAUGGAACAACUCUCCCCUGCACGUGGCAUCCCAGAACGGUCAUGUGAACGUCGUCAAGUUCUUGAUAGAAAAUGGGGCAAUGGUGACCUUGAAAAACGACCGUGAGCAGACUCCGAUACACCUGGCAGCCAUAAAAGGAUACGUUGGCGUUGUCCAGGCGAUUGUUGCCCACGACAAGACAACGCUUAACGACCAUGAUGAGAACUCUGACACGGCCCUCCACCUGGCGGCCUCUAACGGUCACGUUCAGCUCGUUCACGUUCUUCUGACGUUGGGCGCGAACCACGAAAUCAUGAAUAGCAAUUUACAGACACCCAUCGCGGCGGCGGCGGCCGACGGUCACCUGAAGGUCGUCGAGCUUCUGGUUAGAGCGGGCGCCUUCAUUGACAUUCCUGAUAAACUUGGACUAACGCCCCUAUUGUUGGCGUCAAUGAACGGCCACUUUAACGUCGUGGAAUACCUUCUGGAGAGGCAAGCUGACGUGACUCUCACUGACAAGCAGGGCUUGAAUUGCCUGGACCUGGCAGUGAAGUAUGAUCAACAAGAAGUUGUGAUGGAUAUUCUGAAGUCUGACGUCUGGGAGAACGCCCUCCGCAACACCACCAUAGAGAACGGCUGCGUGUGCACACCGCUCAGACGUCUCAUCAGGAAAAUGCCAGAGGCGGCCGAAAAAGUGUUUGACAACUGCAUCACGUCCAAGAAGGUCGACGGUGGCCCGAAUGAGAAAGCUGAGAUGUUCGAGGUCAAGUACAACUUCGAGUUUCUUGAUGACCUCUACAGCAUCACCCAUUGGAAAGAAAAAAAGAAACGAAAGAGAGGCGAGCCGAAAAAAGCUACCGUAGAAGGCCUUAAUUGGUUUCUCUCGAAGCUCAAGCCAUCAACAUGGCGAGAUCGGACUCUGGUUCCAUAUACAACGGAUUCAGAAAUGUUUCUACACAAUCACCCCCUGAUUAUAAUGGUGAACUCCUCAUGCAUGGACCUUCUGGACCACCCGCUGGUGACGGCGCUGCAAAGUCACAAGUGGAACGCCUUCGGGAAGUUCUCCUACUACUUCACCUUCAUUACCUAGUGUAUAUUCCUCGGCUUCCUCACUGGAUAUGUGCUCGUUACGCCGCCACCCUUCUCAGUGAAUUCCACGUGCACUGAAUACAAAAACGCGGGAGAAGAACAACAUCUGUUUGCCUCUAUAGGGAAAUAUGUGAUCUUGAUACUCUCUGUGGCCAACUUACUGAAAGAG